UUCCCGCCAUGCAGCUGAUCUAACCGGUUGUGUGAGGUGAGCUGUGAGCUGCGCUGCGUGUGCCCGAGUGGAGCAUAUUUAUCAGGAGAAGAGCCGUAUGAUUACCGAUCGGAAAGUUAACUGAAACUUUAUUCAAACGACAUUCGCAUUGUGAUGCCAAACUGUUCGUGAAUAAAGUAACACACGAGUCGUCUUUUCGUCGUACGCCGAUCGAGCACUACUACCUUCCUCCUCAGAUCUUUCUUGCGGCUUGUAGGAUGAAACCGGUUACCGACGCCGAAACAAAUAUCGCUUCCGAGCAGGAUAAAAUUAGAAAAUCUUUGCACGAACUGCAGCCCUCAGCUACCGAUAAAGAGACUUUAGUUGGUGCUGAUCGUGCUGACAGAAUGAUCAAAUCCACUCAGCAACCAAAAGAAGCAAAAUCAAAAAAAAAUGUACCUACAAAAACUAAAAAGGAUGUUUCUAAGAAACAAAAAAAGGUGACUACUAAUGACAAGGCUGUCCAAACUGUAUCAGAGGAAAAGAUUCACAAAAUAGAGAUCGUAGUCGAAGAUUUAACAUGCACAGAUUUAGCUGGUCCUAGUGAGAAUUACUGGCAGGUCCAGGCUGAAAGGAGGCGAAUAGCACUUAAGAAUGCUUUAGAAGAAAAUAAGGAACUUGUAGAACGUAUCGAAAAGUUAGAAGAAGAAAAGCGUAUUUAUAAAGAAAUGUUAAAUGAGACAAGGGCACUUGUUGAAGUGCUGCAGGACAUGAUUGGAGAUGACAGAAAUGAUAUAAAUAAUUCAUUAGAAGACAGUGUCCUUUGAUUUAAAAAAUGAUUUCUUAAUACAACGUUAUAAAAUAGGUACGACGAACUAUCCAGUUUUUAUGUAAAAUUGUUGAAAGCGUUCAAGUUCUCACAUAAGCCGACAUAAAUGUAUAAUUGUUACACGCAUGAAUAUAUAUUGCGUCUUUUUUUUUUCACAAUAAUUUUAUACAAGAAUUUCAAACUCAUAGAUUUUAAAAGGUUUUAAAUAUCAACUGUGUAUUUUAAAUAGGACUAUUUUUCAAUAAUAUGUAUGUAAUACAAGUUUAACAUAUAAUAUCAAGAUCAGAAAUAAAAUACAAAACUAUGUAUAAAGAGACAAUACACAGAAAAAGAGGCAGAUUAUAUAUUUUUAUCAACAGCAAAUUGAUGAGAAAACAAUGUAAAAAAAUUAAAUUUUUAAUUUUAUUUCUGAA